GUCCCAAAUCUAGAGAUUAACCUACACCAUGUCAGGAAGAGGCAAAACCGGCGGAAAAGCCAGAGCAAAGGCAAAGACUCGCUCCUCCCGUGCCGGGCUCCAGUUCCCAGUCGGUCGUGUCCACAGGCUGCUGCGUAAAGGAAACUAUGCCCAGCGUGUUGGUGCCGGAGCCCCCGUCUACCUGGCGGCUGUGCUCGAGUACCUGACCGCUGAGAUCCUGGAGUUGGCCGGUAACGCUGCCCGUGACAACAAGAAGACCCGUAUCAUCCCCCGUCACCUGCAGCUGGCUGUCCGCAACGACGAGGAGCUCAACAAGCUGCUCGGAGGAGUCACCAUCGCUCAGGGAGGAGUGCUGCCCAACAUCCAGGCUGUUCUCCUGCCCAAGAAGACCGAGAAGGCUGCCAAGAAGUAAAAGACACAGUCCUGACCUCAACAAACACAAAGGCUCUUUUAAGAGCCACCACAUCACAACUAAACAGCAAAUUCUUAUUAUAUGUGAAGUAGGUUAUAUACUGUCCAAAAUACUUGUGAGUUGAGACACACCUUGUUAUAAACACAAUCUAACUUUAGAAAGCGCUCCACCGCCACAUCUAUAGUAAUUAAGCCAGUUUAAUAUUUGUACUUUAUACCUAUACCUCCAGAAACAGUCAUUCACAUAAAUGAGUUGUGGAUUAGACGAGUAUCGUGUUAUUCUUAACUGUUGUGUUAUAAAUAGGCCAACAUCUUACACAUUAAGGAUGCAUGUCUUAAAUGUGAAUAUCAAGUCCUGAUUUGUUCAAUGACAGACUCCUUAAUAAAAGUUGUGGUGGCUCUUAAUAGAGACCCUGACAGUUAUGCAUGUCAUAAUUUAACUGUACGAUUAUUUUCUCUAGUUCUACAAUUUUCUUUAUACAUGCACGCCUCCUCACAAAGCUUGCAUGCUCUGGACACUGUGUAUCACAGAGGUCUGAGGUUCAUCACUAAUUGUAAAUUCACUCAUCACGGUUUGUUGUAUGAACGUGUUGGAUGGAUUUCUCUGACCCUACGGCAUACUUUAAUCUACAAGUCUAUUUUAGGUCUGCUUUCUUCGUACCUUCUGUCCUUCAUCAGUCAGAAGAGUACAGGGACUUAGAAUCUUCGAUCUCAGGACCUUAUCUUACUGUCUGUUCCAAAAGUCAGAACUGAACUGGGGGGAAAAGGCCUUUAAGUUUGCUGCUCCAUUUACUUGGAACGAAUUACAAAAAGAGCUGAAACUUAAUGAACUUCCCUCGUUGGUUACCUGAGGAAGUUAAAUGACCUGGACGCUGGUACAUCUAGCUGGAGAUGUUCUUCCUGAUGUAUUUUUGGCAAACAUUUGCUGUUCUGAUUUUGUUAUUUGUGCCUUUUAAUGUCUGAUGUAUAUAUGAAAGAUUGGCUGCUCGUUGUCCAUGUGAAACUCUGUUAAUGUUUUGCUGCCUGUCUUGAAAAAGAGAUUUUUAAUCUCAACGAGUCCCUUUCCUGGUUAAAUAAAA